CCGCCGCCGGGUACAGUCGACGAAUAUGAGACACUGAAGAUAUCCCGCCGAAUGCUUCUAAAGGGUUCGACAGACUUCAGCACUCGCUCAGUAUUAGCCAAGACUGGGUUGUUCUUCGAUUUUUCGCGCAACGCCGAUGCCGUUACCAUGCUGCUCCUACAGAAGCCUCCGGACUAG